UGCUCCUGGCUGGUGUCGAGUGUGAAUGGCAGGGAGAGGGAGUGCGGGCGAGAGAUACUUUUGAGAAUUCUCGACAUGGCGAGAGAUCGCGAACGUGCUCGAUGAGUGGUGCAACAAGCUGCCUGCCAGCAAGGUGGAAGGAGAGGGGAAGGCAAGGACUGCGGAAGGUGGCUGGUGAG